AUGUCUUUUAAUAAGUUGAAGGCUCUUCUACUUCGAACCAGAAAGAGCUCCACUGUUCUACUAUCUACAAUUUUAUUCCUAUCUGUAAUACUAUUAUUCAAAGACAAUUUACUACCGAAUAAUGAUCCCUAUUGGAUAAACUUUAGAAUCACCAAACCACCAAAUGAGGAAUCGUUAGAAGAGCUCAGCGAUCAGCGAUUGGAUACAAAGAUUGACUCUCCAUUUCAGUACGGUUGUGCUAUCCCUAACACCGAUCAACCUCGAGCCAAUGCUGCAUUUAUUAUGCUAUGUCGAAACCUGGAAAUUAAAGGUGUCAUAUCAAGUAUGAAAUCAAUGGAACGACAUUUCAAUCAAUGGUAUAAUUACCCAUGGUUGUUUCUUAACAAUGAAGAGUUUUCCACUGAGUUUAAAGAUGCAGUAUCAAAUCAAACAAAUGCUAAAGUUUCAUUUGGUAAAAUAGCCAUGGAAGAUUGGGAGUUUUCUAAGGAUAUACCUGAAGCUGAAUUGAAUGAAUGGAUCGAGUCUCAGGGAGAUCGUGAAUUACUUUAUGGUAAUUUGAAAAGUUAUCAUAAAAUGUGUCGUUUCUACUCAGGUAAAUUUUACCUACAUCCAUUAGUUAGUAAAUUGGAUUGGUAUUGGAGAGUUGAACCAAAUGUUGAAUUUUAUUGUGAUUUAACGUAUGAUCCAUUUAUUGAGAUGGAAAAGAGGGGGAAAAAAUAUGGAUUUAAUGUAAUGUUGUUUGAUUUGUACUAUUCCAUUCCAGGUUUAUUCCGUCAUGUUCAAACAUUCAUCAAAAAGCAUGGCAUUAAAGUGAAAAGCAGUUGGAAACUAUUUGUCUUGAGUUCGAAAUGGCUCGAUGGCGAAGAUAAAUUGGGUGUUUACGAUGGAAUCCACAAUUCGCAUGAUUUGGUGGUUGAAAUUCAAGAUCAAAUAUACUUGCAAAAAUUCAUUCAUGAAGUUAAAGGUAAGACCGAAGAUGUGUUCACAAAGAAUCCCUAUUUGACACGAAGAAUACUUCAAAGAAGUAAACAGAUGCCCAAAUUGCAUGAAGAUAGAACCGAUAAAGAAGAUUACAAUCUAUGUCAUUUUUGGUCCAAUUUUGAAAUUGCACGAGUUGAUUUAUUUACAUCACCUGAAUACCAACAAUUUUAUCAACAUCUUGAAUCGGCUGGGGGGGUUUAUAAAAAAAGAAGGGGUGACGCACCAGUUCAUUCAUUGGCAAUUGGUAUGUUUUUGGAUCUAAAUGAAGUUCAUUAUUUCAGAGAUAUAGGAUAUCGACAUGAAAUAUUUGUUCAUUGUCCAGCUAAUGCACCAGAACGACAACUGGAGUAUUCGCCAAACCCUAAUUAUGUUGCAUUUACUAGUGGCGCAGAGGAACUUGCUUUCCCUGACAAGCCCAGAUAUAAUGGUGUUGGGUGUAGAUGCAGAUGUCCAAAGGAAUAUAAGGAUAUUGAAAAUACUGAUUGCAUGAAGAAAUGGCAAAUGUACACACAGGAUGAUUAUAAGGAUCCAGAACCGGUUAAUUUUGAAUCAUGGAAUAAACGGUUAACGAGAAAGAUCAAGCAUCAUUUGAUAGCAGGAGGAAGUAUGGAGGAGGAUUUAGUAUAG